GCAACUCGUUAUAAAUCGUACGUAGAGAGAGAUCAUCGGAGAAAGAUGGCGACUACGGCGAAGACGUGUUCACACUGUGGCAACAAUGGUCAUAAUGCACCUACUUGUUGUCUUAACAGCGUUAACAAAGGAAGCGUGAAACUGUUCGGCGUUGACAUAUCAUCUGAUCCUAUUAAGUCGCCUGAGGUAACGACGUUAAGGAAGAGUCUCAGUUUAGGGAAUCUUGAUUCUCUUCUUGAUAACGGUAAUGGUGACCUAAUCGCCGCCGUUGAAGAUACGGGUUAUCAUUCUGAUGGUCAGAUUCAUUCAAAGAAGAGGAGGUCCUCUCAUGAGAAGAAAAAGGGGAAUCCAUGGACGGAAGAAGAACAUCGUAUGUUCUUGGUCGGCUUGAAGAGGAUCGGGAAAGGUGAUUGGAGAGGGAUCUCAAAGAGCUUCGUGACGACAAGAACACCGACACAAGUGGCGAGUCAUGCUCAAAAAUAUUUUCUUAGGUUAAAUGGUAACGACAAGAGAAAAAGACGUGCUAGUCUCUUUGACAUCUCUAUAGAAGAUCAGAAGGAGAAAGAGAAGAAUUUUCCAGAUGCAUCAUCAUCAAAGACUUCAUCUAAACAACUAAUAACCGGAUCUCAAGAACCGGUACAAGUUCAAACUCAAACUGAGAUAUCAAACCGGUUUCAGAAUCUAUCAAUGGGGUACAUACCAAUCUACCAAAACGUACCACCUUACUACAACUUUUCACCUUUUAUGUUCCAUCCAAUGUACUACGCCAACCCUGAAUCGAUUAGGUAUGUUCACCCUUCCGGUAUACCUGUACCAAGGCAUGUACCGAUUAGUAUGCCUCAACCUCAUUUAAAUGAAGUCUCUGAUAUGACAAAGAAAGACGGUUUGGAACUUGCUAUCGGUUUGCCUCCUCCUCCUCCACAAGCUACCGGAUCAACCGACUUGACUGCCCAUGGCACCAUUCAUGUGAAGUGAGGCUAAUAACAAUUUUGAUCCUCCUCCAUGCAUUAUUCAUGUGAAGUGAUAUUACAAUUUUUUUUAUCAGUUUUAUAUGAAUAUAUAUAUCUCUA